GUUGCAAGUAACAUUUUGUACUUUUUAGCAUAUAUGAAUCAAAAUCUGCUUUCAUGUUGCAUGGCUAUAAUACUUACUGGAUUUUAAUACUUAUCUUUUAGACACCCACAUGCCAAAUUUUUAGGUCAUACCUUUUAGAAGCUAUAAUAUUGGCUAUUAUUCGAAACCACCGCUAAAAAUCUCUAUGAAAUCUUUAUAAUUGUGAAAAUAUAAUAACUCUAGUCAGGAUUAUCCUUCGGACUUGAAACUUACAACCCUACUUUGUUUCAUCAAGUAGAAUAUUUUGGACACGUGAUUAAUCCGAUUUCCCCAUUUUUUCGGAUUUUACAGGAAAAUCAGGAAAAACGGAUUUUCGGGUAAUGUUUGGCACCUUUUCAUGCCAUUUAUAUAAAAGCGGAAACUUUUAUUUAGCUUUUGGAAACUCCUGAAAUCGAAAUCACUCCCUCCCCCCUCACCCGGUGAUAAUAUGUUCGAAAAAGCCCGGACCGAUUUAGAUUAGCAAUUUAUAUUUUGUUGUGCGAUUGCACUCUCAUACACAAACAACAUAAAAACUUUUUUUGACUUUUUCGUCAAGAAAGAGGGAAAGGACCGAAUUGUCAUUCGUCGACGAGCCAAAACAACGCUUGCUAGGUUUACCUUUACAAAAAAGUUAUUAUGGCCAAUCUGGUUUGUUAAUUAGUUAGUUAGCUACUCUCUACAAAUUUUAACUAAUUUUUGGCUUCUUCUUUUAGCUAGCUAGAACCCUGUCUUAUGCAAAAUAAGCUUUUAUUAUUUGUAAAACUUUAGCUAGCUGGCAAGCCACAUCUAGUUGCAGUCACCACAACAUUAGCUAUAAUCAUGGUUAAAAGACAGUAUCCUUCAUCAAACUUUCUACUACUAGCUAUGUAGAAAGCUACUACAUAGUUAGUACCCCCACCCUAAGGCUAGUAUGUAGCCAUUUAUUUUCGUAGUAGAUACAUAGCUACUACCCCUACCCUAGGGCUAGUAUGCACCUAAUAUUUUCUAGCUACAUAUGUAUUUUCUACAUAGCAACUAGCUAUGUAGAAAAGCAGCAAUCCUUGGAUUUUCUGAUAUGUGACAACCCUGUAUGUCCCUGGAACGAGGUUGAUUCUGCGUCAAAAAAUAGGUAAGAACCCGCAUGGUGGUUGGAUGUGGAAAUUUUUCAUUUCCUUGGUAUCCUUCACGUAGAAAAGCUUAAUUCUUUCAAAGCUAUAUAUUUAUGGUCGAUUUACACUCAUUGGUCGUAUGUGCGAACUAAGGUAAUAUAUAUUCGCUGGGAAUCACUAAUGUCAGAAAUAUAACUACACAAAAGCAAAUUGAAAUAAGACAUUUUUAUUUCAGACUUCAUACGCCGUACUCUCACUAGUGAAUAUUUCAUUUUCUCUCAUUCUUCUGCAUUCGUUACAGUAGUUAAAUCAGGUUAACUUCCACAGCUAAUGAGAAUUUAUCAGGUUAGAGGAUACUUAGCAACAUCGAUCGUUGUCACAACAACCAAACAUGCCUACCACAAGUUCCUCGUCUGUUGUUAAUUAAGUAUAAUUAGGCUAGUUAUAUGAAUUAAUUAUGACAAUUUCGUGAAUUAAUUAUGCUAAUUAUAUAAAUGAAUUAUGCAGUAUUUAAAAUGUCAGCUGCACCAUGUUAUUAAAAAGUCAUUAUUUGAUUACAACGACAAAAGGAAGACACCAGUGAUAACAAAUGACAAAUGAAAAUUCCGUGCAGCUGUGUCAUAUCUAGUAGCCACGCUAUAUUAGAUGUCAGAUUAGAAAUGAUGCCCAACAUACACACUAAAUGUUUUCUCCUGUUUUGUUUGGUAAUUUUUGUCGAAGUUCGUGUGGCCACGACUGUUGCUUGCAAGAGAUGUAAAUGGUGGAAAUGCCCUAAAAUAUCUUCUCUUUCUUGUCCAGCUGGACAUGUAAAAGACACGUGUUUGUGUUGCUACGAAUGUGGCUUGAUGGAGGGACAAACAUGCGGGAUAGAUACACCAAGUUGUGGUACAAACCUGUUUUGUAGAAGAGAUAAACCAACAGACAAAAAUGGUAUCUGCCGUUCCAAAUAUGACAUUACAUCAUCACUCGGUUUACCUCCUUGCUACAGUCAUGCAGGAUAUAACGUUAAAGUGGAUUACCACUGUCGCUACGUGACAACGACAUUUUGCUCGAUGGAUUGUAAGAGUUGCUGUAGCCACCGUACAACCUGCAACCCAGACCCCUCAAUUUACAAAGAUGCUGACUUGUGUAAAAAGGAACAAAAGUCAAUACCUGGACUUCCGAGAAAGAUUAAAUUGUAAAUUUUGAAUACUUUGAAACUAUUAAUACCUUAAUUGUGAAAAUGUUACAGUCGCCAUUUUCGUUAUAAUGGUUUCAUUGGUGUUAGAUUGAGACCUGGGGACAAGGUUGAUAAACCACUUUCCCUUAAUUUUUGUUACACUUAUGACAACUUGACGUCAGCGCUUUUCCGAAAAGACUGGAAAUGAGGCUAAGACUUCUAUAUGGGUGAAUAACUACUUUUAUUCUGCAAAUUAUUGUUUUCGUUUUUAUAUCGAAUCAUAUCGAACUUACUUCUGUUAGUUUUCGUUUUCGGUGUAGUUUUCUCUCGAUACUUUUAGCCUUUACCGCACAUUCUAUAUUCAGGGUAAGUAAGUAAGUCGAGUUGUCGUAGGAGCAGUAAAAAUAGGUAUACCCAUAAUGCAUUUGAUCUUAAGAUAAAUAGUGAGAACGUCAUAUGGAUAUGCCCAUGAAUUGGUGGAGGUUAUGGUUAUGAUAGGCACUGAUGGUGCUCUUCAUCAUGUUUUGUUGGAGUCCUGUACGGUCUUGAACCUCCAGGUCCAAGUUCCCGAAAGUGACCUGAAAUAUUUUUAAAAAUAUUGCAAGUUACCUAUAAAGACAUGCUUUAAAUGCCUACAAAGUUAGGCUUAUUUCCAGGGCUACUUUUUUGCUUAUGAUGUAUGACUAAUGCAAAUAUCUCUGCGGUGGAGCGCGAGAAAAACUUUAAACAUAGCGCUGAAGAAACAUAAAUUUUAUGAGUAAAAAGAUGAAAGAAUUAUAUAUAUUAAUGGAGGGGCGAACAGCCGCAGCACGGCUGCUGAUUGAAAAGUCAUAAUGCCACAGAUAGAUUCAAAGACUACAAUCGUGGUCACAAUAUGUUGGGACAAGACAACGAAUUCUGCACCUCGCCACCACAAGUAUUGCGUAGGCUCGUUCUAUAUUAGAUUCACACAUCUUGAACUUGUCAAAAUUCACUUGUCAAUGUUCAGAGUGGACUUAGGUUAUUUGGUAAAUACGAAUUUCUUAUAAUGCGCUAAUUGUUGCUGACGUCAGCAAAGCCAUUAAUCACG